UUAAGUUGGAGGAGGCAGAAAGGCAACAACUGCGAGGAAGGAGAAGUCAGGACGUCUGGAAAGAAUUACCCAGCCCUGGCUUCCAGCAGCCCAUUGAACCGGGGACUUGAACCAGCCCCAGCCAAAGACUCUCCUGAUUCUGCGCUUCCUGGGUUCUGCUGAGGCUUCACCGGUCUUUUUAUAUAUAUAUAUACGGAAAAGAGAAGAGACUUUCCGAUAUCAGGGGAGGAAGACUGGAACAAAAAGAAUAAUAAUAAAAAUUUAAAAAUUAAUUUAUUUUCAAAGUACCAAUUUUUCUUUUAAGAACCAGGAGACUUAAGCGCAACGGAAAUAUCAGAGAAUAGUGGUGUUUUUACUUUUCUUUUUCUUUUAAAGUGGGAGAGAAGCAAACCUUUAAGACUCCCCCACCUUUCUUUAAAUGUUGUUUUUAAAUUUUUUAUUUUUUUUGGCCGGCCGUCUCAAAUUCAUCUGAUCUCUUAUUACCUCAAUUUUGGAAACUGCCCGCCACCGGCCCUCCGGGACCACACAGACAGGCUGAGGACAACUUUAUGACCAAGAGCUGAACAAGAUGCAUUGUGAGAGGUUUCUAUGUAUCCUGAGAAUAAUUGGAACCACACUUUUUGGAGUCUCUCUCCUCCUUGGAAUCACAGCUGCUUAUAUUGUUGGCUACCAGUUUAUCCAAACAGAUAAUUACUAUUUCUCUUUUGGACUGUAUGGUGCCUUUUUAGCAUCACACCUCAUCAUCCAAAGCCUGUUUGCCUUUUUGGAGCACCGAAAAAUGAAAAAAUCCCUAGAAACCCCCAUUAAAUUGAACAAAACUGUUGCUCUUUGCAUCGCUGCGUAUCAAGAAGAUCCAGACUACUUACGGAAAUGUUUGCAAUCUGUGAAAAGGCUCACCUACCCUGGGAUUAAAGUCGUCAUGGUCAUAGAUGGGAACUCGGAAGAUGACCUUUACAUGAUGGACAUCUUCAGUGAAGUCAUGGGCAGGGACAAAUCAGCCACUUAUAUUUGGAAGAACAACUUUCACGAGAAGGGUCCCGGUGAGACAGAGGAGUCACAUAAAGAAAGCUCCCAGCAUGUCACCCAGUUGGUUUUGUCCAACAAAAGUAUUUGCAUCAUGCAAAAAUGGGGUGGAAAAAGAGAAGUCAUGUACACGGCCUUCAGAGCACUGGGACGAAGCGUGGAUUAUGUGCAGGUCUGUGAUUCAGACACCAUGCUUGAUCCAGCCUCAUCUGUGGAGAUGGUAAAAGUUUUAGAAGAAGACCCCAUGGUUGGAGGUGUCGGGGGAGAUGUCCAGAUUUUAAACAAGUAUGAUUCCUGGAUCUCCUUCCUCAGCAGUGUGAGAUACUGGAUGGCUUUUAACAUAGAGAGGGCCUGCCAGUCUUACUUUGGGUGUGUCCAGUGCAUCAGUGGACCUCUGGGGAUGUACAGAAACUCACUGCUACACGAAUUUGUGGAAGACUGGUACAAUCAAGAGUUCAUGGGCAGCCAGUGCAGUUUUGGUGAUGACCGGCACCUAACGAACCGAGUGCUGAGCCUGGGCUAUGCAACAAAAUACACGGCUCGAUCCAAGUGCCUUACAGAAACGCCUGUCGAGUAUCUCAGGUGGUUAAACCAGCAGACCCGCUGGAGCAAGUCCUACUUCCGAGAGUGGCUGUACAAUGCCAUGUGGUUUCAUAAACAUCAUUUGUGGAUGACCUACGAAGCGGUUAUCACUGGAUUCUUCCCUUUCUUUCUCAUUGCCACAGUAAUCCAGCUCUUCUACCGGGGUAAAAUUUGGAACAUCCUGCUCUUCUUGUUAACUGUGCAGUUAGUAGGUCUCAUAAAGUCAUCCUUUGCCAGCUGCCUUAGAGGAAAUAUCGUCAUGGUCUUCAUGUCCCUCUACUCGGUGUUGUACAUGUCAAGUUUACUCCCCGCCAAGAUGUUUGCGAUUGCAACGAUAAACAAAGCUGGGUGGGGCACCUCUGGAAGGAAAACCAUUGUUGUUAAUUUCAUAGGACUCAUUCCAGUCUCGGUUUGGUUUACAAUCCUCCUGGGUGGUGUGAUUUUCACCAUUUAUAAGGAAUCUAAAAAGCCAUUCUCAGAAUCCAAACAGACAGUUCUAAUUGUUGGAACGUUGCUCUAUGUAUGCUAUUGGGUUAUGCUUUUGACUCUGUAUGUGGUUCUCAUCAGUAAGUGUGGCAGGCGGAAGAAGGGACAACAAUAUGACAUGGUGCUUGACGUAUGAUCCUACAUUGUUUGACGUCCGCAGUCACACGCGCAGGCACGGACAAAACCUGAGCUCCCGUAGGGACCGUACAGUAUUGUGGCGUCGGAUAGUGCCACCACAGGAGACAUAUCACUGCUGCUGGGACUUGAACAAAGACAUUUCUAUGGGUUUAUUUUGAUCCUGCCAAAGUAAAAACGAUGCAUCAACAAGAAGAAACUCAGAUGUAACCUGUUAUUUCUAUGAAAAUGGGAAGAAAUCUUUGUUUAUGCACUUUUUCCUUACUGUACAUCUGCCUAACAGUGUUUUGCCCUAUAUACCUCACUAGCCAUGCUUUAUGUGGGUUAUCAUGGAAGAAAAGGAUUUUGGAAACUCAAGGAAAAGUUCUUACAACAUAUAGAACCUAACUUAUGGACUGUGUUGGAUAGCUAAUUUUUUUUUUAGAAAGGUUUUCUGUUUAAUUCUACCAAAUGAAAUGCCAAAGGAAAUUUUAAAGGCUGUUGGCUGUGCUGUAUUUUUAUAUAAUUGUACUGUGUUUUAAAAUUUUGUAUGCCAAUUUUUAGAACAAAUUUUGCAUAUUCUAUAUUUUACUUCUCUGCCAAAAUACACCUGUUCUUCCUUUUUUUAAAAAAAAUAAAAUAGGUUCUGAAAAAAAUUCAAACUUAGAAAACCUACUCAAAAUGUGAAGCUUGGUUGACUGAUGUUGUUCACGAUAGAAAGAAUAAAAUGUUUCUCUCUUUACCUUUUCAAAUUGAAUAGUUUAUUUCUGUGAAAAAGUAUUUAAACAUCCAAUAUUUUAGCUUUUUAAAAUUUCUUUUAGGAAAGGCCAAUAUACCUGUCACACUUUGGGAGUAAAAAUACAUACUUGUGUGUGAAAGAAAAAGUAAAUAAUUGAAAAUCAAGGCCAAAGGGGUAGAAAAGUGCAAUUUUUUCAUAAGAUUAAAAAAAGGGAAUGCUAGUCCUCAAAAGAAAACACUGGGCAGCCAGCACUGGACAUAACAUGCAUAUCACAGGCAGUGUUUUCCCAGGCUGAGUAAUAUGGAAAGUGGAAAAAAUUAUCUGUAUAAUUUGGACAAACACAAUACAGUUCAUUUUGUUCUGUGGUCUGAAUCACCACAUCCUGUCUGUAUAUUGAACAUACUUUACUUACAGCUUGCCAGUUCCCUUUACAUGCUACUAUGAGGUUUCCAUGAUUUAGUUGGAUAAAUUACAAUAAAUGUAAAGCAUACAGAUUCAAAAUGGCAAGUUCAAGCUCCAAUUAUCAGCCUCUUUUACUUUCUAGUGAGGCUUUUAUUCUGAAUUAUACAGAUAAUUUCUUCAUUUUUUCUGUUGGCCAACAUAAAUAUGUUUACAUAGUAGAAAUGAUAUCAAGGUUUAAUAAGUGUAUUAAGAAUUGGCACAUAAAGUUAAUGAACCAGGUACCUGUAGUCUAGCUAAUUUUGCUUCUCCAGAGCCUUGGUUAUCCAGUUUGACUUUUGACAUGACCCAUCUUGCUUUGUAGCUGGUGCUGUGUAGACCUGUGUUAAAAACACAACUGAACCCACGAACAGUUGCAUAGAAAA